GCGCGGCAGGCAGGCCACGAAAGAAAUGUGGCAGCGCGUUUCGCUUAGUACCGACUUAGACUGCUCUAAGUGGCGGUCGUGUGAACGCCGGUGUCCGCCGUCGCACUUUCACGCCGGAGCACGCACCACCAGGAGCCCGCAUCAGAGGCCCGCGCAGAGGGCCCGUCAUACUCUGCGAACGCGACUACGGCAGUGGCAACGACGACGCCGACGACGACGACGACGGCGGCGGCGGCGGCGAUACUCAGUGCCCUCAGUGGUGACUGGUGACAGUGUGACACAACACGGCGGCAAGCCGGGCCCGGAGCGAAGGGCCUUAACCGAGAGAUACCGUGGAUUGUACAUAUUCGGCGCGGUGACACGUGAUCGUCGAUCUUUUACGUGCGAUUGUACGUAAGGAGGAAAGAAAAAUAAAACAAACAAUUGCGUCGUGCGAUAUAUUUUUCCCUUUAACGUGCGCGCGCGCGCGCGCCCUCGCCGGGCGUUCCUCGAGCUCCGUGUAAGCGAGAGGCGGCGAGAAGAGAUCUGAGAUAGAGAGAGCGACGGAGAGAGACGUAUUUACGUACCGCGGGUAACCUAAAAACCGAUCUCGGUCCAUCUCGGUCCGGCGCGGCGUAUAGUGCCGAGCGGCGAGCGCCGAGCGCGCUGCGCGAUACAUCGCAUCGGCAGGACGCGCGCGCAUGCGCGCCACUGCCCGCUGUCCUCGUGCGCGAAUUUCGAGCGUGGCUCACGGGGGAGGGGGGUCACGUGUUAUCGUUCCGUUCCGGGGAAACCGCCAGACAGUGUCAGUGAAGAAGUGCUCCUGAAAAGGUGUUGCGAUUUUUUUUCGGCCAGUGGAGUGUGCGAGAAUACGCGUUUUCGCGCGCAUCGAUUCGUUACGUCCUCGUGCGCGAAUUUCGAGCUUCGGGAAGGGCCACCGUUGGUUCAGAAAAGACAAGAUCGCCCGAUUCCCCUCCUCCAAGAAAAUUAACAAAAAGGACCGAUAUAUUGAAACGUCAAGUUGGUUACCUCGAGGGUCGUCAGGAUUUUCUUUUAGCGAACCGCCACGAGAGAUCGAUGAGAAACUAAAAAGAUUCCCUCUCGUUCGAAAGAGUUGGAAAGUGAAAGAAAGAAAGACGAGCGAGUUCGGAAAGUUGUAAUCGCGCGUGGCGGUCGAAUGCAUGACAGAUCAUGGUUUCCGUGUCCGGACCCAUAUCCACGGGGAUCCUAGCGGGACGCCUUUCUGGAUCGCCGGGCUCGCGGCAGAAUGCUGACGCGGAGGGCGAGAAGGACCUCAAGGCAGCGGAACGCACCAGAAUCCGGCACGAAUCUGAUCUUUACGUCAGGCCCAGCUGGACGGACGCCGCGAUUGCGUUGGAUCAGCUCGAGAAGGGAAAGGCUGAUGGUCAGAGAUCAGCGGUAUGGUUCAGGGCGCGACUGCAAGAUCAGCUGAGCCAGUUGGGCUACUUUCUGCAGAGGCAUGCCGGAAAGGUGCUCUUCGUGGCUGUCCUCGCACUGGCGAUCCUCUGCGUCGCUCUCAAGUCCGCGCAAGUCAACAGCAAGGUCGAGCAGCUGUGGGUGCAAGUAAAAAUACUGUACGUUCCGUUGCAUUGCGAGGAUAAAAGUCGUAAAUGCAAGAAAAAGAAACAUAUAGAUCUAGGAAGAUAA